AUGGAGAAGCAGCAGCAGCAGUCCAUCUUCCCCCCGCGGGGACUGAGUGGUUCCUUUAAGUUUCUCGUCUCUUUUCUCGCUGGCUGCGUUUUUAUCCUCGUGGGCUCUCUGUCGGGGAACGGCGGAGGGCCGGCGGAGGAGGCGGCGGCGAUUCUCGACGAGACGGUGAAACCCGGCGGAGGUCGGUGCGACCUCACCUCGGGGAAAUGGGUCUACGACAACGCUUCGUAUCCGCUGUACAACGAGCGGGAUUGCACCUUCAUGUCCGACCAACUGGCCUGUGAGAAGUUCGGGCGUAAGGACUUGAAGUACCAGAAUUGGAGAUGGCAGCCCCAUGGAUGCGACCUCCCAAGGUCCUCUCUCUCUCUCUCUCUCUCUCUCUCUCUCUCUCUCUCUCUCUCGUACAUUGCUGUGACGCGACAUGGCAUGCUGAGGAAGGUUCGACGCGAGAGCCCUGCUGGAGAGGCUCAGACGGAAGAGGAUAGUGUUCGUCGGCGAUUCUCUCAACAGAGGCCAGUGGGUAUCGAUGGUCUGUCUCCUGGGAUCUGCCGUUCCGAACUCGCAUAAAUCCUUGCAAUCAAACGGCUCCCUCACAGCCUUCAAAGUCAAGGUGCAGCCCCUCAUAAAACAUGGCGCCCUGCGGAAGUCAUCAACUUACCGGCUCGUUGACUGCUGUGACUCACAAGUGCGCAGGGAUACGACGCAUCCAUCGAGUUCUACUGGGCACCGCUGCUCGUCGAGUCCAACUCCGACGAUCCGGUCAACCACCGGCUGCCGGAGAGGAUCGUCCGCGCGGAGGCGAUCGAGAAGCAUGCGAGGCACUGGACUGGCGCUGACAUCCUCGUCUUCAACUCCUACCUCUGGUGGCGCCAGCCCGAGCUGAAAGUCCUGUGAGUACCCACUCCCUCUAACUCCGUAAAGCCCGCUCCUUUACCUCCCUUCUAAGCGACGCCACCGCCAGAUGGGGCUCCUUCGACUCCGGCGACGGGAUAUACAAAGAGGUGGGGAUGCUGCGGAGUUACGAGCUCGCCCUCCGGACUUGGUCAGAGUGGCUGGAGUUCCACGUGGACCGCUCCAGGACCCAGCUCUUCUUCGUCAGCGUCUCCCCCACCCACUUAUGGUGAGGGCGAUGAGUUCUCCAGGGUGGUUCCCCUGUCGGAGAUGGGUCCCCUUGACGGCGUCGUCUCUUGCAGGGGAGAUGAGUGGGGCGCCGCCGGCGGGGAUAACUGCUACGGCGAGACGGAGCCGAUCGCGGUUGAGGGGCACCGGGGGAGGGGAACCGACGCGGGGAUGAUGACGGCGGCGGAGGCUGCGGUGGCGGCGCUCAGGGCCCGCGGAGUGGUGGUGCAGCUGCUGAACAUCACGCAGCUCUCCGAGCUCCGCAAGGACGGGCACCCCUCCAUCUACCGGAAGCAGUGGGAGCCGCUGACGGAGGACCAGAUCGCAGAGCCCCGCAGUUUUGCCGACUGCAUUCACUGGUGCCUCCCCGGCGUGCCCGACGUGUGGAACGAGAUCCUGUAUGCCCACAUUUUUUCUGACACGCCAUGA